AUGUGGUUGAAUUUUGUUAAAAUUAAAAAUAAAUGGAAGGAAAUUGAUGGUGAUUACAGUAAAUGUUGUGACAAAAAUUGUAUAAAUACAGACGAACCUGUUGGGUAUUGUAUUAAAGGAAAUGGAUUUGGAAAUUUAAUUAGUGAUGAAAAUAUUAAAUAUAUUAAUUGUUUGGAGGGUAAAGAAGGUGAAUUUGACAUUACUUCUGUCAUCCCCCAUGCCUUGUGUUUUGUUUAA